AUGGCAGUGGAGAGUCGCGAGGCGGAGGGGGGGUCAGCGGCCGAGGCGGGCAGGGAGGGGGCGGGGGAGGGGCAGGUCGUCCGCGCGAUCACGCUUAACCAUGGAGAACAUCAAGACGCUACGCUAUAUAGAUUUGAAAAAGGAUGCCGUUUACAAUUCAGCCCCGGUCCGAGCAUGCUCGGUCGAAAGGUGUUCCUGUACACUAAUUAUGUCGUAUCAGACAGUUCGGAAGACAAAAGCGAGCCUGCGUUCGUACGCAACCAGUACUAUGGUCUCGAGUGGAGGAAGGAUGAAGACUCCGAAUCUCUUGGUACCGGCCUUCUGAUCACUGACACGGAGUUCUACUGCGAACUGAGGCUGGCUAAGGCUGGCUCAUUCCACUACUACUUCGUGUAUGACAGCCCCGAGUCCCGCGUGGGUCCUCAAGGCUCGGGCUGGUUCCACGUAGCUCCAACACUUUCCGCGGGAGGAGUUCAAGUUCCGCUGGACGGCGUCAUGUGUCAGACGGUGCUAGCCAAAAGUUUAGGACCCCUGCCUCGGUGGAUGAAAACCCUGAGAGUGGCUCAUGAAGCUGGUUUUAAUAUGAUACACUUCACUCCCGUUCAGGAGUUGGGUGCAUCUAAUUCAAGCUACAGCCUAGCAAAUCAGCUUAAACUGAACCCUCGUUUUAACGACAUUAAUUCUGGCAGGGAUGCCACCUUUGCGGACGUGGAAAACAUCAUCGCUAAAAUACGCAACGACUGGAAGAUGCUGUCUAUAUGUGACGUCGUGUUGAACCACACGGCAAAUGAGAGUGAGUGGCUGACGUCACAUCCGGAAGCCACUUAUAACUGCAUCACAUGCCCUCACUUGAGACCCGCCGCCCUACUUGAUGCUGUACUGGCUAAGUUGGGGGAAGACAUCGCAGCGGGGCGGGAAACACGCCUGCCCACUAAGAUUAACACACAUCAACAAAUUGAGAUCAUCCGUGACAUCCUAUUAAACGAGCGUCUGCCAGAAGCGAAGCUGCACGAGAUGUUCAUCUGUAACGUGGACGAGAUGGUCGACCGGUUCUAUCACAUGGCCAGGAAUAAAGUGCCUCCAGUGAAGAGUGCUGAUAAUUCAUCGGAACUUCGUCUCAUCACGGAUCCUCAGAGGCGUAGGAAGGCAGCCCUUGUAGAUCUAGACCGGGCGCUACAGAUGUACAACGUGUACAGAUCAGACUGCUACGACGAGGACAGUCGUGUGAAGCGUUGCUGCGAGGAGUUCCGUGUGAAGUUAGAACAGUUGAACGAGGCCGCCACUCACACCGUCAACGAACAACUGCGGGCCGCCGUGCAGAACUGUGUAGCGGGGAUGAGUUACUUCCGUCUUCAGUCAGACGGCCCUAAGAUAGAGGAAGUCAGCGAAAAGAAUCCUCUCGUACCAAGAUAUUUCACGUUUCCUGGUCCAUUGGGUAGUAUCUCAGACAUGGAAUCUGUCAUAUACGGCGAGGCAGGCCGGCUAGUGAUGGCCCACAACGGCUGGGUUAUGAACUCCGACCCGCUGCAAGACUUCGCUGACAAGAAACACGACGGUCGAGUGUACUUCAGGAGAGAACUCAUCGCUUGGGGAGAUAGUGUUAAACUGAGGUACGGUGAAAAGCCUGAAGACAGUCCGUUCCUGUGGCGCCACAUGCGGCAGUACGUGGAACUAACAGCAGAAGUCUUCGAUGGAGUUAGGCUUGACAACUGUCACUCCACGCCGUUACAUGUAGCGGAGUACAUGUUGGAUUGCGCCCGUAACGUCAAACCGGAUCUAUAUGUAGUAGCGGAACUGUUUACUAACUCGGACCACGUCGACAAUAUAUUUGUCAAUAGACUCGGUAUAACGUCGCUAAUACGAGAAGCCCUAUCAGCUUGGGAUUCUCACGAGCAGGGUCGUCUGGUACAUCGUUUCGGAGGUCGCGCCGUGGGGUCGUUUUUCACCCCUCAAGUGACCCGCGCCCAGCCUCAAGUGGCACACGCAUUGUUCCUAGACCUAACACACGACAACCCAUCACCGAUCGAUAAAAGGAGUGUGUUCGACCUUCUCCCGUCCGCGGCGCUGGUGUCGAUGGCCAGCUGUGCGAUCGGUUCAACGAGAGGAUACGACGAGCUCGUGCCGCACCAUAUCCACGUGGUGGACGAGGGUCGUAUGUACGCGGAGUGGGAGGAGGGGGAAGGGGAGGGAGUGAAUAAUUCCACCGGCCUUAUAGCGGCCAGGAGGGCGCUCAAUGAUCUACACUUACAUCUAGCAACCUCCGGAUACUCAGAGGUGUACGUGGAUCAAAUGGAUGCUGACGUAGUAGCUGUGACGAGACACGAACCGCACUCGAGAAAGUCUGUUAUUCUGGUCGCCUUCACGGCUUUCAAAGCCCCCGACGAAUCUUUCACCGGCCGCUAUGUUAAGCCGUUACGUUUCGAGGGACAACUAGAGGAAAUUAUUUUGGAGGCGGUGCUGAGACACAAGGAUCACAGGAGCACGGGCCGACCGUUCCAGUCGUGUGGAGAGUUUUCUCGUGACCCGCAGUACAUCAACGGCCUCAGUGACUACGAGGCCAGUGUCCGCUGUGGCGUUCCUCUAGCGCAGUCCAACGUGUUCGUUAGUGAGCGUCGUGACGGAGCCUACACCGUGCUAGAAUUCGGUGUUCUUCCUCCCGGGACGGUGGUCGCGGUGCGUGUAGCCCCACACUCCUCACAAGCGGCAGCGUUGUCCGCUCUCAGACGAGUGACCUGCCAGCAUCCAUCCACUGACCCGCUGAGUCUAUCGCCGGCCCUCACCGACCUCGAUCUAGGAGAUUUCAACGCUCUACUAUAUUGUUGUGACGCGGAGGAACGUGAGCGAUGCGGGGGCGGAGUGUACGACGUGCCGGGACACGGGCCGCUCGUGUACGCGGGGCUGCAGGGCGUGGCCUCACUGCUGGAGGAAAUCGCGCCGCGGGACGACCUCGGACACGCGCUGUGUGACAACCUCCGCGCCGGGGACUGGCUGCUCGACUACCAGUGGCGGCGGUUGGAGUCUGACCCGCGACUGGCCGCGCUCGCGACGAUAUAUAGAGAAGCGUUGAGACCAGUCGGGGAAUUACCGCGUUUUCUGUUGCCGGCUUACUUCGAGGUUAUCAUCCGUUGUAUGGUAGCGGCUGUAAAGCGCGCGGCCCUGGCUCGACUGGGCGGGGUCGCUUUGUCUUCGGGCGUGGCUCGUGAGUUGUCUCUGACGAGUGUCCAGCUGGCCGGGUCAGUGACCUCUGCCCACCUGCCCGCCAUGUCUCCCUCCCUGCCGAUGCUCCGUCCCGCUCGCCCCCUGUCUCUUUCUGCCGGUCUGCCUCACUUCGCCGUGGGCUACAUGAGAUGCUGGGGUCGAGACACCUUCAUCGCUCUACGAGGAAUGUUCAUACUCACGGGCCGUUAUCAAGACGCGCGCUUCCAUAUACUAGGCUUCGCUGCGUGUUUGAGACACGGGCUGAUACCUAAUCUAUUGGAUGGAGGUCGCAACGCUAGAUUCAAUUGUCGCGAUGCGGUGUGGUGGUGGCUGCAGAGUAUAAAACAGUACUGUACGGAGGCACCUCAAGGUUACUCUAUCCUGACGGACCCGGUGUCUCGUAUAUUCCCCAAAGACGACAGUGAGCCGGCGCCACCAGGAGCAGCCGACCAACCGCUGCAUGACGUCAUGCAAGAAGCUCUGGACGUUCAUUUUCAGGGUCUCGUCUUCCGUGAGCGUAACGCCGGCCGACAGAUAGACGCGCACAUGUCCGAUAAGGGGUACAACAUACAGAUCGGAGUGGACCCAGAGACCGGCUUCCCGUUCGGAGGAAACGACGCCAACUGUGGCACGUGGAUGGACAAGAUGGGGUCCUCGGAGACGGCCGGCACGCGGGGGAAGCCCGCCACCCCGCGAGAUGGUAGCGCGGUGGAGCUCGUGGGGCUGGCCUACAGCGUCACGAGCUGGCUGGCGGCGCAGCACCGCUCCGCUAAGUAUCCGUACCCGGGAGUGGCGAGGAGACACCGGGACGGCUCCCUCACCGCCUGGACCUACUCCCAGUGGGCGGAUCGGAUCCGACGCUCCUUCGAGCGACACUUCUGGGUCCCGGCCGCGCCCUCGGCCGCCGACCAGCGGCCCGACCUCGUGCACCGCCGCGCCAUCUACAAGGACACGCACGGCGCCUCGCAGCCCUGGGCCGACUAUCAACUGCGCUGCAACUACGUGGUCGCCAUGGCUCUGGCGCCGGAGCUGUUCGACCCGCGACACGCCUGGCUCGCCCUCGACAAUGUAGAAAGACUGCUGCUUGGUCCUCUCGGCCUCAAGACCCUGGACCCGGAGGACUGGGCCUACCGUCCCGACUACGACAACUCCAACAACAGCUCGGACCCGAGCGUUGCGCACGGCUUCAACUACCACCAGGGCCCGGAGUGGAUGUGGCCGCUCGGCUUCUACCUCCGAGCGCGGCUCGCCUUCGCCCAUGACAACGGUCAGUUCUCCAAGACCGUGGCGGCGUCGUACGCGGCGCUCGGCCCUCUAGUCAAGGAGAUGCGCUCGUCCCCGUGGCGCGGCCUGCCCGAGCUGUCGAACGCGGGCGGCGCCUUCUGUAAGGACUCGUGUCGGUCGCAGGCCUGGAGUUCCUCCUGUGUGUUGGAGGUGCUCCACGACCUCGAGGUGUCGCGCCGAGCGAGGCCGCUGCCUCUCGACUGA